AUGAGCGUCGAGGACGACUAUCGCGCCUCUAUCGCGCAGGCACGCGAGGAGGAUCGCAACAGCCGUGGGUGCCGUCGCAAGCUGCGCAACGAAUACCAAGAUGACCUCCUCAAAACCCGCAUCGUGCAUGCCCGCAAUUGCUUUCUGAGAGACGUUCGCUUCCACAGCGCUCGCCGUUCCACCGCGGAGGAGAGCUUGAUGCUCACGCUUCGAAGCACUGCAGCCUGCUGGUCGAAGGUGUGCGAGCGGUCCAUUACCCGCCAGCUCGAUAUCGAGUCUGCCAAGAAGCAGAAACAGUUGCGCGACAUCGCCUUCCUUGAACGCACACAUCAGCGAGAGGUGUAUGUGCAGCGCAGCGUGGAGGAGACUGAUCAGGCACGAUGGGGGGACUUCAACGCGCGGCACGCCGCUCAGCUGCUCGCCGACCGAAACGCUGCGGUGCAGGCGACAUUGGAAGACAUGAUGGAACGCACUGCGCAGUGCUUGAGUGAACUGGGGGAGAACCACCUCAGCCACGCAGGCACAACGCUGCUCGCAGCGUUUUCGGUGGAGGCGACGCUGCGGCGGCUGAGCUCGGUCGAUGGCGUCGCUGUUUCAGCCGUGCGGGAGGCGUUUCACCACAUCUUCCACGGCAGUCCGUAUGCCCAAUCGAGCCCCGCAUUUCUUGCCCUGCUAGCGUUCUGUUACGGGCAGCAGCAACCCAAGCCACCGCUGGCGCAGGUGCAUUGUCUGUGCUCGGUGCCCAUCUUGGUAGUAGAUGGCCCCAAGUACAGCGGCAAGAGCCUCUUGGCCAACUUUUUGAAGUCGAAAUACCGCCUCCUGUGCAUCUCCGACGAGACGCUGGUGCAGCGCGCCCUGCACGCCGCCUCUUCAGACGCGAUGGCGAAAGAGGAGGAAGGCGCCGAUGACUGGGCUGAACUCGGCCGCUGCCUGCAAGUGACGCUUUUGGACGGCGGCGCCGUGAGCGUGCAGCUCAUGAUGGACCUCCUGUGUCUGCAGCUGACGGAGCUGCGAAACGCACGUGAGGCUUUGCCGUAUGACGCCGUUCUACUCGAGGGUGUUGUCCGCUCCGUCGACGCGUACAAGAUGCUGGCGCAGCGACUCAGCAAUCCGCUGCUGCACCCGUACCUCAAGGUUGCGCAGCGAUGGGGUCUGUCAACGACUGCUCUAGUCGGUGGCGGCGACGGCGGCAGCAGCGCGGCAGACGAGGCGACGGCAGGGGUUCUUCCCCCCCUUUUGCGUCUGCCCGAUCAUCCCUCUUCGGAGUACGACACGCCCGCGAAGCCGGAGCCAAAGGCGCGGCCCCUCAAGAAGGUGGAUCUCGCCGCCCUUCCUCCGGCGGAGCUACCAGAGGUGGAGGACACGGAGGCCGCCCAGGAGGCGGAGCGCGCGUUCGUGGCGCGGGCUGAACGUGAGCUUGCGUCCCUCCCUACGGUGCUCUCCGGGGUGCUGCACAUCAGCUGUGCCCCGGAGGAGGUGUUCCACCGCUUUGCAGGGCUGCGCACGGACUGCGAGACAGGCGCGAGAUACCACCUCACCUACAAUCCACCGCCCCAAGAGCGGCUGCCCUACAUGCUGCCGCUGUGCCGCCUCGAUACGUCGUCGGUGGAGCUGCAUGAAGCUGUCUUUCACCACAUGGAAGGGUGGGGAGCCACACGCCGAUGGCUGGCGCAGCAGUCAGAGGGCCCCACCUUUGCCCGCGUCUACGAACUGGCGGGCGACGGCCCAGCCGCCGAGGUGCAAAAGGAGGCGCUGGAGGCGGUGGAUCAAAUCAUCUCCCACUUUCGCAUCAGCCGACAGCUGCUCCACGAGCGCGACGCCUCCGCUGCUCGGCUGAGCGAGUUGGAGGCGACGUGGCAGUCGCAGAAGGCUGCCCGAGAGGCGGAGCGGCUGCGGCUCGUCGAGCUCUACACCGAGAAAGGCGCCCCCAUCCCGCCAGCCCUCCACGCCACCGUGGCGAAGACGUCCGGCUCGUCGGCGACCACGCUGAGCGCUGCUGCAGCAAGCAUCAUCUUCAAGGCUCUGACAAACUUCACGGACCUCUACGAGGGCUCCUACGCCGGCACCUGGAGCAGCAUGACGCACCUGGUGCAGCUCUUUCUCCGCUACCACACGAGCGUAGAGUCGCAAAUGGCUUUAUACUGGAAGCGGCCGGACGACAAGCAGGCCAUCCUGCACCGCUUCCAGCGGUGCUUCGACUCGCUGCCGGCCUCCAUGCGUGUACUGCCAGCCUGCAAGGCGGAGCUGCACCUCUCCCUAGACGCGCUGGACGAGGCACUGCACAGGUGCAUUGCCUUGCGCGACGGCGAGGCGAGGGGGCUGCUGGACACCUUGACCAGCGCGGCAAGCUUCAUGGGGGGCUGGCAGACCCUUGUGUGUCAGGCAUUCACCCGCCUCUUACAGGCCGAGGCGGACCGAUACUUCUUCGCGAUGCACAUUUUCUCCUUCUUUCUCGGCGCUGUCAUAGGAGAGCCUCUGGGGUUCGAUGAUGUCGAGGUGGACGUGCCGCUGACGUCGAUGAACACCCCAGACCGGCUAACACCAUCGACCAGCGUCGCCGGGGAUGCUUCGCCGUCGGUUUCGCCGGGCGGAAAAUCAACCAAGGAGAAGCGAGUGACGUCAACAAAGAAGUCGCACAAGGUAGCCGACGAGCCGAAUGAGAAAAUCGCUGAGGACCAGCUUGCGGAGGUGGCGCAGGGGGUGCUGAACGGCUUCUCCUCUAUCACGGAUAAGCUGAAGGCCGUCGUGGAUGUGCAGGGGAAGGCGCCAAAGCGCGCCGCCAGUGGCGGCGGCAGCAUCGCGGGCAACAGCCCUGCCGCACCCACCUCCAUCUUUGCCAUCGCCGCCGCCAAGUGUUACGGCUUCAUGGAAGCAGAAAGGGUCGCCGCCACCUCGCGGGUGGCGGCGAUUCACUCUUGUGGGCGGAUGUUGCUGAAGGAGGCGGAGGCGCACGCAAAGAAGAUGCGCAUGCGAAUGGAGGCGAGCCUCUUAGACGUGAUGGCAGGAGAGGCCGCCGCUGCAAACACGGCCGUGUACGUUUUGCGUGAGUGUGUGGAGGCGGAGAAGAAGAGCCCCGCGAUGCACCUGGGCUGCACCACCUUUGCUGUCCUCGGAGAGAGGCCUUCGCCUGCUUCACAGACCGCCGGUGGCGCCGCCGAAGCGCUAGACUGCGCGUCGCCAACGCCAACGAAGAUCGGCUCCACAAGUGAGGAGCGCCGCAGCUUCCUCACAGACGUGCCGCUUUUUGCCCAACUGACAAAACCGCAGUUCAUGGUGCACCCCGGGCGGACGGCGGCGCGACUCCUCGAGCUCGCCCAGCAGUUUCGCUGCGUCGCGCCCGACUACCAGCUGAGCAACUUCGACUUUCUGCUUCUCGUAGAGGACGACGACUACGCCGAGGCUGCGGUUAUCGGUCUGGACGCGGCGCACAUGACACGGAAGACUCGCGAGGAGCUCUUUAGCACCUUCGAUCCACAGCGCACCGGUUUUGUAGACUGGCGUGAUGUCAUUGUGCACUUACUUUUCUGGGUCACACCGGGCACAGCGGCGAGGACGCCGACAUCCGCCGCGGCGCAGCGAGGCAUUCGCGAGAUUUCGCUGCAGGACCUGCUGAAGACGCGUGCUGCCCUCGGGGUUUGCGGGCUCACCGAGGAGCAGUUCUUCGAAAAGUCGCUCUUCUUGGACCACUGUCUCGACGAAGCGCUUGUGGAGGCCCACAUGCGCAUUUUGUGGUGCACGUUCCACGACGCCGCCAACCAGAUUCUUCAACCGCACAUACUGCUCGGCUUCUUGUGUGCCGACCCGCAGCCGAUCCGUGGCGCCCAAAAGGCUUUCCAUGUUCUCUCCGCACCCGGUGCAGAGGGGCGCGUCUCCUUGGAUGAGAUGGACGCUCUGUGCCACCUCAAGGCGACGAAUGCGCGUCUGAUGGACCAGCCAGACCCGUGUAGCAAAAUGAAUCUGCGGCUUCUCUUCGGCACCGCAGCGACGUGCUCCUUCGAGGAGGUCUGCGCCUCACCAAUGGGGCGCAAAAUGCUGAACCAUGCGGACCUCUUCCGCCGCCGGCAAUUCUUCAAGCGCAAGUAG